ACAUGAGCUUCAACUGUCAAUUACUUCGGAAAUUAAGAAACUAUGUUAUGUUAUGUUAUGUUAAGUUGUGAUGUGUUAUGCCAUGCAUUAGAUUUACGGGCGAAUGCGAAAAAAUUAUCGGCGCUGCAGUAAUAACUUCAUUAAUUUUAUUGCACUUUUUGUGCUAACAAAUUACUUGAGGCUCAAAUCCGGACCAAUUACAUAAGUAAUAAAUAGAAAUUUAUUGCUCAUAGCUGCCUAUAAGCAAUUAAAGUGUUAUUUGUGUGCACAGGAGUCAAAACAAUUAUAAUGAUGUUAUAAAACCUAGAGAAUAUUAUAAGUUCUUCUUCUUUUUCAAAUAGGCCUAAGAUUAAAGAAAAUUACUUAAGAUUAUAGAUUGGGAUCAGUCAACGAUAGCGAUCCCCAACAAAUUUUGGAUUUCCAGACAAAAUCAUCGUCAACUGCUGAUGUUUGCUGCUGAUAACCUGUUAAUUUCUGGAAAAAACAAAAGCAGUUAACAACGAAACCAGUCGGCAAUCUUAAGGAACAAGCAGUUUCGCAUGCCAAUACUGUAUGUAUUCAAGCUGGUUUUAUCUCAUACUGCUUUUGAUCGCCAUCCAUGACAGUCAGAGCGCUUACGGACGCGGCAAUCAAUGGAGUCAAUACACACAACGCCCCAACUUUUCGAGAUACAAGGAGUUGAAAAAAGUGUACGAGGCAAAAAAUUUGGAGUUCGGAUUUCCCAGCGAAGAGGACAGACAAAAAGCUUUACGUAAAGAGCUCUACAUACCAGACAAUCCACUGCCCAUAGAUGUGGAUGUCUAUCAUCCGCCAAGUGGCGAGCAACCGAAGAUUUUCGUGACAAUACCACGCUUUGGCCAAGGCGUGCCCUACUCGCUGGCCUAUCUAACGAAUGUGGUGCGCCCCAAUGGCACCGAACUGCAACCCUAUCCAAGCUACGACUGGCAUAAAACGCAUGGCGAUGACUGUGAUGGGCUUACCUCGGUGUACCGGAUACAGAUCGACUCGUGUGGCAAAAUGUGGAUAUUGGAUAGCGGUGAAAUUGAAUUUAAACAACACUGCGCGCCACAACUAGUGGUACUGGAUGUAGCCACCUCGAAGGUCGUGCAUCGCUAUCGUUUUCCCAAGGGCAUGUUCAAGCCGACAAUAAGCCGUUUCGUCACACCAUAUGUCGACAUUGCAGAUCCCGCACCGAAGGGCGCAUGCGAGGAAGCUUUCGUUUAUAUGGCCGAUCCCACCGGUACCGGUUUUGUGGUGUACGAUGUGCAACAUGAACGUUCAUGGCGUGUGGAAAACAAGUACACAUACCCCGAUCCAGACUUUGGUACGCACACCAUAGCCGGUGAGAGCUUCGAACUUUUGGAUGGUACAUUCGGUUUCGCGGUAACACCACGCGGUUUGGGUUUGCGACGCAUGUUGUACCUGCAUUCGCUGUCGAAUGAUGCACAAGUAGCCAUUCCCUUGGAUAUUGUGAACGAUCCCACCUACUGGAAGAGCGGUAUCAAUUCAGCUUUGGAGCAUUUCGUGUUGUUGGGCAAACGUGGCAUACAAUGUGCGGCACCAGCCAUGACCGCGCAGGGCAUGUUUCUAUGUGGACACCUAGAACCGAUCGGUCUUUUCGGCUGGGAUAUUCGUACACCGUAUACACAUCAAAAUCGCUUGUUGUUGGCUGAAAAUCCAACAACGCUGCAGUUUAUCAGCGGCUUAAAGGUGAUAAGGAAUUUAGAGGGCAAGGAAGAGGUUUGGAUGCUGUCUAAUCGUUUACAGAAGGGCUUCUCCGGCACCAUGAAUUACGAUGAGAUUAAUUAUCGCAUUGCCAAAUGCGGUGUCGACGAGUUGGUGUUCGGCAGACCUUGCUAGUCGGCAGUGAUCUUUAAUCAACUUAGUUUAGUACCUACAAAACAUUUUUUUUAUUUGUAUGUAUGUGGAAUAAGAAGAGGUGUGUGUUUACUAUAUAUUUUAGAGGAGAUUUGUUAUAUAUUAUAUUGUGAAAUUCGAGUAUAUAGUACA